AUGGCGUUUCUGUUCCUGACGAGAUCGACCAUCCCGCUUGCUCCGCUAUGGGAGCAAUUCUUUAAGGGCCACGAGCACCGCUACUCCAUCUACGUGCACAGCUCCGAUCCCUCCUUUCAAAUCACCGCUGACAACACGCCCUCGCCCAUCUUCCUAGGCCGCCAAGUGCCCAGUGGCGAGGUUGUGUGGGGCGACAUCACCAUGGUGGAUGCAGAGCGAAGGCUGCUGGAAAUUUCCCUGCUGGAUCCGGAUAACCUCUUCUUCACGCUUGUGUCUGAGAGCUGCAUACCCCUGUGGUCCUUCAAGUAUAUUUAUAACUACGUCGCUACCACAUCAGUCAGCUUCAUUGAAAGGUUUGAUUGCCCACUCAACAUCGGCUUUGGUCGCUACACGGAAGGGAUGGGGCCAGAGAUAAAGAAGAAAGAUUUCAAAAAGGGAUCUCAGUGGUUUGUGCUGCAAAGGAGGCAUGCGAUGAUGGUGAUCGAGGACAGAAAGGUCUACUUCAAAUUUCAAAAGCACUGUAAACCGAAGCGGGAGUUCAAGAACUGCUACUCGGACGAGCAUUACCUUCAAACGCUCUUCCAGAAGCUGGAUCCAGGGGGGGCAUACUCCGUUGACAACACCACAUCCCUCCUUUUAAGGCAAAUCAAGUGUGAGGACCAGUACAUCGCAUGGCGGCCCUACUGGCAUCGCAUUCGCAAGUCGUACAAGAGUCACCUGCGGUCGCUCUCUACCUCUCUCAUCGUCGCACGCGUCGUCGCACCAGCGAUAGCCGUCGCACUGCUUGUGACUGUACAGGGAACUGCUCAAGCCGCCCCCGGAACUGCAGGAGGAUGCACGAAUUACAGCCAGGGUACGUGGGUACGCGAUAACAGCCGACCCGCUUACGACGCCAGCACCUGCAAGUACAUGGGAGUGAGCAACUGCAUGAGGCAAAGCGGGCGGUCAAAAGACUGGCUGUAUUGGUCCUGGAAACCCAAUGGGUGCCCUGCGAAUGGCAUGCGCUUUAAUGCACCAGGUUUUCUCAAACUGAUGAAGAACAAGGUGUUUGCGAGUGUGGGCGAGUCCAUCUCCGUUAGAGGCUUCCUCCUAGCAGUCGUCUGCAAUAUAGCCAAGUUUACAGAAGUGAAGAUGCUGGGUAAACCCAACAAGUUUGGGAAUUCCGAGGCCUAUCAUGUGCCCAGUCACAACGUGACACUUGUCAACUUCUGGGCGGAGUUCCUUGUCGCGAUUGACAGGAGCAACAAGACUCUCGCCAGGUUCGGCAAUACCAAGCCUGCGCUACAGGACACAGUGGUGAACCUCCACAAGCUGGAGCCCUCCUGGGCGGCACAUCUGGACAAAAUCCACGUCAUUGUGUUGCAGACUGCUGCGGACUGGCCGGCAGGGCGUGACCUUAUGCGACGAUAUUAUACUGAUGGGAAUUGGAACGCCAUCAAACCGGCUCCUUCAACUUAUGAAGCAUAUGAAAUCGGCAUGAGGACAGUGUACAAUGCGUUUGCAGGGCGCAACAAGCGCGGAAAGCCGUUCCCCGUCCCCUACUUCCUCUCGGCCCCCCCUCGUCUCAACGGCUGCCAGAACGUCUCUUCCCUCAGCAGCCCGCAGCAGGUCUCAUCUCUCUUUAGGGACAACAAGGCGUCUCGCAGCUUCCUCCCCAUCCAGCAGAAAGUCUUCCAAAACCGCCGCCCAUUCCGCUUCCUCCCCAUCACCUACCUCUCGAUGUUCCGAGGGGAUGCCUUCAUGUCGUCUAAUGGGGCGCAUGAUGGGGGGAGAGACUGCCUGCACUUCUGUCUACCCGGUGUGCCUGACACAUGGGCCGAUGCACUGUUUACGAGCAUGAAGAACGAUAGAUUUAUCGUGAGCAAUGCAGCCAAGUAG